AUGAGUCUGAGUAGUCUCGGGCUCCUCGCCGGUCCUAUUAUAGGUGGUUUAAUCUACGAUUUAGCCAGCUAUGUGGCUGUAUUUGCCCCGGCAUUCGCUCUUAUAAUUAUCGAGAUUAUUCUCUGUGGAUUUCUCCAACCCUUACCACCCGGGUAUAAACAUGAACACCAUCCAUCGUCUGAACAGUCACCUCUUUUACACCAUCGCACAGAAGGACAAGGACAAUCUUCACCCCCAACCCUACUCAUCCUCCUCCGCUCCCCCCGCUUCCUAAUCGCCAUGAUAGGCAUGUGCAUGCUAAACACCUUCAUGACAGCCCUCGACGCCGUCCUCCCAAUUUUCCUCCAGGAUCUCUUCCACUACACAUCCAGCCAAAUAGCCAUCGUCUUUCUCUCUAACUCCCUUCCUCUCAUGAUUCUUUCCCCCCUUGCCGGUUACUUCGUGGACCGAAUCGGACCUUUCCGGCCGGCUAUUUUGGGCUUUGUUCUCACCGCACCGAGCUUGAUGCUUCUCGGUUUGAUUCACCAGAAUACAAUCUUUUCUUCGGUGCUGCUGCGUUUGUUUUUAUUUUGGUUUGGGUGCGGCGUGUCAUUGGCCAUGCCUGCUCUCAUGACAGAAAUUAGUAUGGCAACUGAGGCGGUUGAGAAGCGUCAUCCGGGGGUUUUUGGUGCCAGGGGUGCAUAUUCGCAGGCGUAUGGGUUGAGUAAUGCUGCUUUUGCGGCUGGGACUCUUGCGGGGCCGCUUUAUGCGGGGUAUAUUCGGAAGUGGGCUGGUUGGGGGGCUAUGACUGUUUCGAUGGGAGUUCUUAGUCUUGUCGCGGUUGGUUUGGUGGUUGGUUUUACGGGGAGACGGGGUGGUUGGAGUGGUUGUGGGAGGGAGGAUGUUUGA